AGAUAUGAAUACUAGCAAUUCAACAUCAACUUCAUUUGGUAGUGAUCAAAUGGAUAUUGAAAAUCACUCACCAAAGCUAUCCGGUGUUGCUCCCAAAAGACGAAGAAUUGAUAAAUCUUCAACUUCAUCGGAAGCAAAGAUACAAAGAAUGGAAGACGCGAUGAAGAAAAAAUUGGAAAAGGAACAGAAAGAAAAAGCUCGAUUGAAGAAACGAGAAGAGACUUUGAAGAAGAAAUCUGAAACAGCUGCAGCAAAGAAGAACAAAAUUGUUGGAGCUCCAAGCGAAGACCCGAAAAUUCGAGCUCUCCAAUGUGAUAUCUGCUUUGCAUUAUUUAAAAAUGCUGAUAAGAAAAAACGCCAUGACCAUUCUCAUAAAGAUGAGCCAGAGGUAUACUGUCCAAUGUGCAAUGCUCCAAUCAAGUAUAAAUACAACUUGAAGCAACAUAUGAACAAAUGUCAACCGAGCCAGAAAGAAAUGGAACAAGGCAGUAUGCUCGCCAAAGCUUACCCGGACUACUUACGUCAACUUCAAGAAGCUGCAGUUAAUCCGUCUCUUCCAAUGCCAACUUUGAAUGGAAUGCCAUACAGAAUGGAUCGAUAUUCAUUUGUCACUGGAUUCGAUAUGAGUCUUGAUGUUCAUUUGGAUGUGAUGCUCCCGAAAUAUCCCACAGACGUUUUUUCAGAAGAUGAGGACGCCUUAGACGAUGUCAAUUUGUUUGAUGAGAAGUGAUUAGAUAUUUGUAUUCGUUAUGGAAUUUCAUAAUUGUCAAUUCUUUGUUCAUUUUGCCACAGCUGGUAUUUCAAUCUACAUUUUUUCUCGUUAAUAAACAUCAUACGG